UCUGGCAGAAGGUCUGUGUGCCUGGCCCUGCUGGACCCUGCCUGAGAUCACAUCUGUCUCUUCCUUGACCUGCCAAUCCCCCGUGCCAGCAACCCCUGGAGAAGAUGCCCAUCCAGAUCUUCUGCUCUCUGUCAUUCUCCUCUGGAGAGGAAGCCCCAAGGCCCUUGGGAGAUGUUUGGGGUCCCCACCAGCGGCAGCAGCAAGACAACUCAGAGUCAGAAGAGGAAGAAGAGAAGGAAAAGGAGGCAGUGAGGAAGGAGACUGGAGAGGGGGAUUCGCCCAUGGAUUUGGUGGCCUUUGCUAAUAGCUGCACCCUGCAUGGCGCCAACCACAUCUUUGUGGAGGGGGGUCCAGGGCCGAGGCAGGCCCUGUGGGCAGUGGCCUUUGUCCUGGCACUGGGUGCCUUCUUGUGCCAGGUAGGGGACCGCGUUGCCUAUUACCUCAGCUACCCGCACGUGACUCUGCUAGACGAGGUGGCCACCACAGAGCUGGCCUUCCCGGCGGUCACCCUCUGCAACACUAAUGCCGUGCGGCUGUCCCAGCUCAGCUACCCUGACUUGCUCUACCUGGCCCCCAUGCUGGGGCUGGAUGAAAGUGAUGACCCUGGGGUGCCACUGGCCCCACCGGGGCCUGAGGCCUUCUCUGGGGAGCCCUUUAACCUGCACCGCUUCUACAAUCGCUCCUGCCACCGGCUAGAGGACAUGCUGCUCUAUUGUUCCUACUGCGGGGGGCCCUGUGGCCCUCACAACUUCUCAGUGGUCUUCACACGGUACGGAAAGUGCUACACCUUCAAUUCGGGCCGAGAUGGGCGUCCACGGCUGAAGACCAUGAAGGGUGGGACUGGCAAUGGGCUGGAGAUCAUGCUGGACAUCCAGCAGGACGAAUACCUGCCCGUAUGGGGAGAGACUGAUGAGACGUCCUUCGAAGCGGGCAUCAAAGUGCAGAUCCACAGUCAGGAUGAACCUCCCUUCAUCGACCAGCUGGGCUUUGGUGUGGCCCCAGGGUUCCAGACCUUUGUGUCCUGCCAGGAGCAGCGGCUCAUCUACCUGCCCCCGCCCUGGGGCACCUGCAAAGCUGUUACCAUGGACUCGGAUUUCUUCGACUCCUACAGCAUAACUGCCUGCCGCAUCGACUGUGAGACACGCUACUUGGUGGAGAACUGUAACUGUCGCAUGGUGCACAUGCCAGGGGAUGCCCCAUACUGCACUCCAGAACAGUAUAAGGAGUGUGCGGAUCCUGCUCUGGACUUCCUGGUGGAGAAGGACCAGGAGUACUGUGUGUGUGAAAUGCCCUGCAACCUAACCCGCUAUGGCAAGGAGCUGUCCAUGGUCAAGAUCCCCAGCAAAGCGUCAGCCAAGUACCUGGCCAAGAAGUUCAACAAGUCUGAACAGUACAUAGGGGAGAACAUCCUGGUGCUGGACAUUUUCUUUGAAGUCCUCAACUAUGAGACUAUUGAGCAGAAGAAGGCCUAUGAAAUUGCAGGGCUCCUGGGUGACAUUGGGGGACAGAUGGGCCUGUUCAUUGGGGCCAGCAUCCUCACAGUACUGGAGCUCUUUGACUACGCCUAUGAGGUCAUUAAGCACAAGCUGUGCAGAAGAGGAAAGUGCCAGAAGGAGGCCAAAAGGAGCAGCGCAGACAAGGGUGUGGCCCUUAGCCUGGAUGACGUCAAAAGACAUAACCCGUGUGAGAGCCUCCGGGGCCAUCCUGCCGGGAUGAAGUAUGCUGCCAACAUCCUACCUCACCAUCCGGCCCGAGGCACUUUUGAGGACUUUACCUGCUGAGCCCCGCAGGCCACUGUACCAAAGGCCUAGGUGGGGAGGGCUGGGAGAGUAAGGGGGCCUCAGCUGCGCCCCCCCACAUCGGCCCUGGGGACUCACUCCCCGCUCCCAAGGUAGUCCCCUACUCCUGGUCAGUCCUUUCCUCUUGACUGUGGUGAGGAAGGAGUCUUGACCAUCGAGCCCUCUCCCUGCCUCUAUUCCAUUCUUUUUAUUUUUACUGAAACUAAUCAAAAAAUUAAAAAACUAAAAAACUAAAA